GACUGCUCUCAUUGAGGGCCACACUAAUGUGAUAACAGCUAGUGACCUCACUGCAGACAGGAAGCACCUGGCCACUGUGUCUCUGGACUUCAUGCUGAAAGUGUGGUCCUCUACUAAAGGUAAAGAGGUGGCGGCCCUGCCCAGCUCCAGCCCUCUGAACUGUGUGACCUUUGACCCUGAAGGUCACCUGCUGGCUGCUGGGUGCUGGGAUGGGAACGUGAUAAUGUGGAACUGGCUCCAGAAUGAAACUCUCACAUCCCUGUGCGGUCACCAGAGCUCAGUGCGCAGCCUCUCCUUCUCCCCCUCCUCCUCCAUGCUCUGCUCCGGCUCCAUCUCUGGAGAGGUGCGGGUGUGGUCCGUGCCCACCUCCACCUGUGUGGGGUGUUUCCAGGCUCACAGUGGGGCCGCGGAGGCCCUCACCUUCCUGGAUGAAGGGAGCAAGCUGCUGAGUGCCGGCUCCGAUCACAUGGUGAGGCUGCCCUCCUAA